GUCUGCUAAAUGACUAAAAUGUAAAUGUAGAAAUAACGUGUUUGGACCGCAGCUCAUGUAUAUCCAUAUUCUGACGCUACAAAGUACCAUGAUGCAGUUCGCCAGUAUCGCGAUAUGAGUGGCGUUGUCUCGCCCCUGUAUUAUAGCCGCGGAAACCCCCAGCGCUCUCCCUUUCUCAACAUGGCACCGAAGGCGAAGAAGGAAGGUCUGUGAAGCCGUACAUUGUUUUCGCGUAAAAUCACUUAAAAAUGAAGAGCUACGCAUGUUGUUUGUACACGUAUGCAAAUGUGAAUAUAUGUUCUUUGCAAUCGUUGGACGUAACAGACGUACAUAGUUAUUUUAUCUGUCCAAAAGUCGCGAAAUGUAUUAAGUAGUCACCGACUGUCUGGCGAUGCUAGCUAGCUAGCUAGCUAGCCUGUUCGCUGGAACAAUCGCUGCUAUUUAAUUCAGCGGAAUACAAUUUCUCACAUCCAUAAGUUUGAGCUAACGUUAGUGAUUGCAGCCCUUGUGUGGUGUAAGUAAUUUUAAUUCGUCACGUUUUUUUUGUUGGGGCCGUCUUGACAGCGUGGCCGGUAGUAACGCCUCGAUCACACCGACAGGGCCGAUGCGUUUUGGUGAACCAGAAGUACGUUCAUUUCCAAAGGAGCGUUGCAGAGCCAGUUGCACGCUUCCAUACUGUGCUUUUAUUGGCUGCAACGACUGCCAAUUUAAUUAAUAUUGUUUCACAAUAUUAACUGGUAGAACGGAGUCCUCUCCAAUAUUAACUGGUAGAACAGAGUCCUCCAGUAUUAACUGGUAGAAGAGAGUCCUCUCCAAUAUUAACUGGUAGAAGAGAGUCCUCUCCAAUAUUAACUGGUAGAAGAGAGUCCUCUCCAAUAUUAACUGGUAGAAGAGAGUCCUCUCCAAUAUUAACUGGUAGAAGAGAGUCCUCUCCAAUAUUAACUGGUAGUAGAAGAGAGUCCUCUCCAAUAUUAACUGGUAGAAGAGAGUCCUCUCCAAUAUUAACUGGUAGAACAGAGUCCUCUCCAAUAUUAACUGGUAGAAGAGAGUCCUCUCCAAUAUUAACUGGUAGAAGAGAGUCCUCUCAAAUAUUGGUCUAAGGCACUGCAUCGCAGUGCUAGCUGUGCCACUAGAGAUCCUGGUUCGAAUCCAGGCUCUGUCGUAGCCAGCUGAGACCGGGAGACCCAUUGGGCGGCGCACAAUUGGCCCAGCGUCGUCCAGGGUAUGGGGAGGGAAUGGCCGGCAGGGAUGUAGCUCAGGUGGUAGAGCAUGGCGUUUGCAACGCCAGGGUUGUGGGUUCGAAUUCCCACGGUGGGCCAGUAUGAAAAAUAAUAAUGUAUGCACUCACUAACUGUAAGUCGCUCUGGAUAAGAGCGUCUGCUAAAUGACUAAAAUGUAAUGUAAAAAUGUUUGCACGUCAAAGCAACGCACAAUAUGAAAGCAUGCGACACAGCGACGCACUGUAACCUACUCCUCCAUCACACCUAAAGCGCCAUUGUGCUAAAUGGAAGCAUCUGGAUGUGUGCAACCAGUUCAACAUUCACUUUCUGCUACCAUUUGUGUCAAGCCGUCUACGCAUACAAUCAAUCCAACGAAUGCAGAACACACUGCAACUGCCUCUGCAACGCAAUGCUGCUGAACUAUACUAAAAAAAACGCAGCAUUCUAUUGCAAACGAAUGUACUUCUAUGUUCUGGUGUACCAUGACGCUGUAGGUGUGAUCAAGGCACUAGUCUGGCAGAUGAGUCGCAGUGGUGCAGAUUGCCUCCCAAUGAAAUGAAUGUACUUGUGCCGAAAUGCAUACAGUCUGACACAACCGGUGUGUCCAAGGCUUUAGGUAUAGCGCUGCAAACUAGGUUUGAUUUUUCUCCUAGCUGAACUCUGCUAGGCGACGCGAACAUGCUGUGCUCGCAUACAUCAUUAAGACCUUCGCUUGUAAAUCGCGAAACUACUGAACCAAAAUAUAAAUGCAACCAUUUCAAUGAUUUUACUGAGUUACAGUUCAUAUAAGGAAAUCAGUCAAUUGAAAUAAAUUCAUUAGGCCCACAUUUUUGGAUUUCACAUGACUGGGCAGAGGCGCAGCCGUGGGUGGGCCUGGCUCCACAGUGGGUGGGGCUAUGCCCUCCCAGGCCCACCCACGGCUGCGCCUCUGCCCAGCCAAUCAGAAUACGUUUUUAUCCCCACAAAAGGGCUUUAUUACAGACCUAAGUACUCCUCAGUUUCAUCAGCCAUCCGAGUGGCUGGUCUCAGACGAUCCCUGUAGGUGAAGAAGCCGGAUGUGGAGGUCCUGGGCUGGCAUGGUUACACGUGGUCUGCGGUUGUGAGGCCAGUUGGACAUACUGCCAAAUUCUCUACGACAUUGGUGGCUUAUGGUAGAGAAAUGAACAUUCAAUUAUCUGGCAACAGCUCUGGUGGACAUUCCUGCAGUCAGCAUGCCAAUUACACACUCCCUCAAAACUUGAGACAUCUGUGGUGUUGUGACAAAACUGCACAUUUUAGAGGCCUUAUUGUCCCCAGCACAAGGUGCACCUGUGUAAUGAUCAUGCUGUUUAAUCAGCUUCUUGAUAUGCCACACCUGUCAGGUGGAUGGAUUAUCUUGGCAAAGGAGAAAUGCUCACUAACAGGGAUGUAAACACAUUUGUGUACAACAUUUGAGAGAAAUACACUUUUUGUGCAUGAAAAAUGUCUGGGAUCUUUUAUUUUACCUCGUGAGGCCAACACUUUACGUGUUGCGUUUAUAUUUUAGUUCAGUAUAUUAUGACAGCAGCCUGACGCAUCAAAAGUGGUCCUAGCUUAAAUGUCCAUGUACCAGAAUUACAUUUGUUUCUCAAUUGUUUAAAUUGACUGAUUUCCUUAUAUGAACUGUAACUCAGUAAUAUUGUUGCGUUUUAAAUUAAGUAUAGAAGGUGUGUGUGUGAUAUUUUUUUUUUUUUAAGCGAUCAAAGCUUGAUAUGAAAUGACCUGUAGAACUGAUUCACAAAACCUCAACCACACCGUUUUACUGUUACCGUUGCAUUACAAACGUUGCUCGACCUUGGACAGAGUACUGCACUGGUGUAGUUAAUUUGCAUUCUUGCCCGUGGUGGGGAUGUCUGAUGCAGGUGUUUACAGCACACUGGCCGGGUGAAGACUCAUUGGUUGCUUACUGCAAUGCCGCGCAAAUUAUUUUGACAUAUGGAUGUGUCAGAUGUGUAACAGUGUUGUGAUUUAGGAUGACAAAUUAAUCUGCUUUAGUUUAUAAACCCUCUCUUUAACAUAUCUCCCCCUGUAGCUGUCCCUGCCUAAACCCAGUUGGAACGUCUUAUCUCUCCCUGUAGCUGUCCCUGCCAAGACCGAGGCCAAGGUGAAGGCCCUGAAGGCCAAGAAGGCUGUUCUGAAGGGAGUCCACAGCCAGAGGAAGAAGAAGAUCAGAACGUCUCCAACCUUCCGCCGCCCCAAAACCCUGCGCCUCCGCAGACAACCCAAGUACCCCCGCAAGAGCGCCCCUCGCAGGAACAAGUAAGUCCUACACAACAGUAAGAAUGCUGAUAGGUCGGUACAGUAGCCACGUGUACAGACCAUCUGUUGUGGAUUCUUGUAUUUUAUUAAGUCGUCGUAAAAAUGGCUGUCAGUGACAUUUUACGGUUUAGUCCAGGUUAGUUUCUCUGCUCGGGGUGCAAAUGAUGGUAACAGCGAUCAAAGUAUGAUAUCCCAUGAUUCCAUCCUUAUAAACCACUGAUGCACCUUAGAGAAACAGACUAAAACAUAGCGGUGGGGCGCAGGACAUUUGAAGGGCUUAGGUUGGGUCGCAGUGUUAAAGUUUGGUGAUCUAAUGACCAUGAGUUUUCCCCCUCUCUCUCUCCCCCCUCUCGCUUUCUCCCCUCUCCCCUCUUCUCUCACUCCCCCCCUCUUCCCCCUCAGGUUGGACCACUAUGCCAUCAUUAAGUUCCCUUUGACGACAGAGUCGGCCAUGAAGAAGAUCGAGGACAACAACACCCUCGUCUUCAUCGUUGAUGUCAAGGCCAACAAGCACCAGAUCAAACACGCCGUCAAGAAGCUCUACGACAUCGAUGUGGCCAAGGUCAACACACUCAUCAGGUACAACACUACCCCUAUGCCUCUAACUAACCCUAGCCAAGGUCAACACUACCCCUAUGCCUCUAACUAACCCUAGCCAAGGUCAACACUACCCCUAUGCCCCUAACUAACCCUAGCCAAGGUCAACACUACCCCUAUGCCCCUAACUAACCCUAACUAAUCAGGUAUGUAAUAUAAUCCUGAUAUUAGACCAUUACUAGCCUAAAUAAGGUACUGACAUCUAACUAUUAGACUCAAUGGGUACUGUCCUGCCUGCUGGUCUGACCUGGCCACCCAGUACAUUAGAAGGUCUUGACUUAGUUAAUGGCUACCACCCAGUACAUUAGAAGGUCUUGACUUAGUUAAUGGCUACCACCUAGUACAUUAGAAGGUCUUGACUUAGUUAAUGGCUACCACCCAGUACAUUAGAAGGUCUUGACUUAGUUCAUGGCUACCACCUAGUACAUUAGAAGGUCUUGACUUAGUUAAUGGCUACCACCCAGUACAUUAGAAGGUCUUGACUUAGUUAAUGGCUACCACCUAGUACAUUAGAAGGUCUUGACUUAGUUAAUGGCUACCACCCAGUACAUUAGAAGGUCUUGACUUAGUUAAUGGCUACCACCUAGUACGUUAGAAGGUCUUGACUUAGUUAAUGGCUACCACCCAGUACAUUAGAAGGUCUUGACUUAGUUCAUGGCUACCACCUAGUACAUUAGAAGGUCUUGACUUAGUUAAUGGCUACCACCCAGUACAUUAGAAGGUCUUGACUUAGUUAAUGGCUACCACCUAGUACAUUAGAAGGUCUUGACUUAGUUAAUGGCUACCACCCAGUACAUUAGAAGGUCUUGACUUAGUUAAUGGCUACCACCUAGUACAUUAGAAGGUCUUGACUUAGUUAAUGGCUACCACCUAGUACGUUAGAAGGUCUUGACUUAGUUAAUGGCUACCACCCAGUACAUUAGAAGGUCUUGACUUAGUUAAUGGCUACCACCCAGUACAUUAGAAGGUCUUGACUUAGUUAAUGGCUACCACCUAGUACAUUAGAAGGUCUUGACUUAGUUAAUGGCUACCACCCAGUACAUUAGAAGGUCUUGACUUAGUUAAUGGCUACCACCCAGUACAUUAGAAGGUCUUGACUUAGUUAAUGGCUACCACCUAGUACAUUAGAAGGUCUUGACUUAGUUAAUGGCUACCACCCAGUACAUUAGAAGGUCUUGACUUAGUUAAUGGCUACCACCCAGUACAUUAGAAGGUCUUGACUUAGUUAAUGGCUACCACCUAGUACAUUAGAAGGUCUUGACUUAGUUAAUGGCUACCACCCAGUACAUUAGAAGGUCUUGACUUAGUUAAUGGCUACCACCCAGUACAUUAGAAGGUCUUGACUUAGUUAAUGGCUACCACCUAGUACAUUAGAAGGUCUUGACUUAGUUAAUGGCUACCACCCAGUACAUUAGAAGGUCUUGACUUAGUUAAUGGCUACCACUCAGUACAUUAGAAGGUCUUGACUUAGUUAAUGGCUACCACCUAGUACAUUAGAAGGUCUUGACUUAGUUAAUGGCUACCACCCAGUACAUUAGAAGGUCUUGACUUAGUUAAUGGCUACCACCCAGUACAUUAGAAGGUCUUGACUUAGUUAAUGGCUACCACCUAGUACAUUAGAAGGUCUUGACUUAGUUAAUGGCUACCACCCAGUACAUUAGAAGGUCUUGACUUAGUUAAUGGCUACCACCCAGUACAUUAGAAGGUCUUGACUUAGUUAAUGGCUACCACCUAGUACAUUAGAAGGUCUUGACUUAGUUAAUGGCUACCACCCAGUACAUUAGAAGGUCUUGACUUAGUUCAUGGCUACCACCUAGUACAUUAGAAGGUCUUGACUUAGUUAAUGGCUACCACCCAGUACAUUAGAAGGUCUUGACUUAGUUAAUGGCUACCACCUAGUACAUUAGAAGGUCUUGACUUAGUUAAUGGCUACCACCCAGUACAUUAGAAGGUCUUGACUUAGUUAAUGGCUACCACCUAGUACAUUAGAAGGUCUUGACUUAGUUAAUGGCUACCACCUAGUAUGUUAGAAGGUCUUGACUUAGUUAAUGGCUACCACCCAGUACAUUAGAAGGUCUUGACUUAGUUAAUGGCUACCACCCAGUACAUUAGAAGGUCUUGACUUAGUUAAUGGCUACCACCUAGUACAUUAGAAGGUCUUGACUUAGUUAAUGGCUACCACCCAGUACAUUAGAAGGUCAUGACUUAGUUAAUGGCUACCACCCAGUACAUUAGAAGGUCUUGACUUAGUUAAUGGCUACCACCUAGUACAUUAGAAGGUCUUGACUUAGUUAAUGGCUACCACCCAGUACAUUAGAAGGUCUUGACUUGGUUAAUGGCUACCACCCAGUACAUUAGAAGGUCUUGACUUAGUUAAUGGCUACCACCUAGUACGUUAGAAGGUCUUGACUUAGUUAAUGGCUACCACCCAGUACAUUAGAAGGUCUUGACUUAGUUAAUGGCUACCACCCAGUACAUUAGAAGGUAUUGACUUAGUUAAUGGCUACCACCUAGUACAUUAGAAGGUCUUGACUUAGUUAAUGGCUACCACCCAGUACAUUAGAAGGUCUUGACUUAGUUAAUGGCUACCACCUAGUACAUUAGAAGGUCUUGACUUAGUUAAUGGCUACCACCUAGUACAUUAGAAGGUCUUGACUUAGUUAAUGGCUACCACCCAGUACAUUAGAAGGUCUUGACUUAGUUAAUGGCUACCACCUAGUACAUUAGAAGGUCUUGACUUAGUUAAUGGCUACCACCUAGUACGUUAGAAGGUCUUGACUUAGUUAAUGGCUACCACCUAGUACAUUAGAAGGUCUUGACUUAGUUAAUGGCUACCACCCAGUACAUUAGAAGGUCUUGACUUAGUUAAUGGCUACCACCUAGUACAUUAGAAGGUCUUGACUUAGUUAAUGGCCACCACCUAGUACAUUAGAAGGUCUUGACUUAGUUAAUGGCUACCACCCAGUACAUUAGAAGGUCUUGACUUAGUUAAUGGCCACCACCUAGUACAUUAGAAGGUCUUGACUUAGUUAAUGGCUACCACCUAGUACAUUAGAAGGUCUUGACUUAGUUAAUGGCUACCACCCAGUACAUUAGAAGGUCUUGACUUAGUUAGUGGCUACCACCCAGUACAUUAGAAGGUAUUGACUUAGUUAAUGGCUACCACCUAGUACAUUAGAAGGUCUUGACUUAGUUAAUGGCUACCACCCAGUACAUUAGAAGGUCUUGACUUAGUUAAUGGCUACCACCCAGUACAUUAGAAGGUCUUGACUUAGUUAAUGGCUACCACCUAGUACGUUAGAAGGUCUUGACUUAGUUAAUGGCUACCACCCAGUACAUUAGAAGGUCUUGACUUAGUUAAUGGCUACCACCCAGUACAUUAGAAGGUAUUGACUUAGUUAAUGGCUACCACCUAGUACAUUAGAAGGUCUUGACUUAGUUAAUGGCUACCACCCAGUACAUUAGAAGGUCUUGACUUAGUUAAUGGCUACCACCUAGUACAUUAGAAGGUCUUGACUUAGUUAAUGGCUACCACCUAGUACAUUAGAAGGUCUUGACUUAGUUAAUGGCUACCACCCAGUACAUUAGAAGGUCUUGACUUAGUUAAUGGCUACCACCUAGUACAUUAGAAGGUCUUGACUUAGUUAAUGGCUACCACCUAGUACGUUAGAAGGUCUUGACUUAGUUAAUGGCUACCACCUAGUACAUUAGAAGGUCUUGGACUUAGUUAAUGGCUACCACCCAGUACAUUAGAAGGUCUUGACUUAGUUAAUGGCUACCACCUAGUACAUUAGAAGGUCUUGACUUAGUUAAUGGCCACCACCUAGUACAUUAGAAGGUCUUGACUUAGUUAAUGGCUACCACCCAGUACAUUAGAAGGUCUUGACUUAGUUAAUGGCCACCACCUAGUACAUUAGAAGGUCUUGACUUAGUUAAUGGCUACCACCUAGUACAUUAGAAGGUCUUGACUUAGUUAAUGGCUACCACCCAGUACAUUAGAAGGUCUUGACUUAGUUAGUGGCUACCACCCAGUACAUUAGAAGGUAUUGACUUAGUUAAUGGCUACCACCUAGUACAUUAGAAGGUCUUGACUUAGUUAAUGGCUACCACCCAGUACAUUAGAAGGUCUUGACUUAGUUAGUGGCUACCACCUAGUACAUUAGAAGGUCUUGACUUAGUUAAUGGCUACCACCUAGUACAUUAGAAGGUCUUGACUUAGUUAAUGGCUACCACCCAGUACAUUAGAAGGUCUUGACUUAGUUCAUGGCUACCACCUAGUACAUUAGAAGGUCUUGACUUAGUUAAUGGCUACCACCUAGUACAUUAGAAGGUCUUGACUUAGUUAAUGGCUACCACCCAGUACAUUAGAAGGUCUUGACUUAGUUAAUGGCUACCACCCAGUACAUUAGAAGGUCUUGACUUAGUUAGUGGCUACCACCCAGUACAUUAGAAGGUCUUGACUUAGUUAAUGGCUACCACCUAGUACAUUAGAAGGUAUUGACUUAGUUAAUGGCUACCACCCAGUACAUUAGAAGGUCUUGACUUAGUUAAUGGCUACCACCUAGUACAUUAGAAGGUCUUGACUUAGUUAAUGGCUACCACCUAGUACAUUAGAAGGUCUUGACUUAGUUAAUGGCUACCACCUAGUACAUUAAAAGGUCUUGACUUAGUUAAUGGCUACCACCCAGUACAUUAGAAGGUCUUGACUUAGUUAAUGGCUACCACCCAGUACAUUAGAAGGUCUUGACUUAGUUGAUGGCUACCACCUAGUACAUUAGAAGGUCUUGACUUAGUUAAUGGCUACCACCUAGUACAUUAGAAGGCCUUGACUUAGUUAAUGGCUACCACCCAGUACAUUAGAAGGUCUUGACUUAGUUAAUGGCUACCACCCAGUACAUUAGAAGGUCUUGACUUAGUUAAUGGCUACCACCUAGUACAUUAGAAGGUCUUGACUUAGUUAAUGGCUACCACCUAGUACAUUAGAAGGUAUUGACUUAGUUAAUGGCUACCACCCAGUACAUUAGAAGGUCUUGACUUAGUUAAUGGCUACCACCCAGUACAUUAGAAGGUCUUGACUUAGUUAAUGGCUACCACCUAGUACAUUAGAAGGUAUUGACUUAGUUAAUGGCUACCACCCAGUACAUUAGAAGGUCUUGACUUAGUUAAUGGCUACCACCCAGUACAUUAGAAGGUCUUGACUUAGUUAAUGGCUACCACCCAGUACAUUAGAAGGUCUUGACUUAGUUAAUGGCUACCACCCAGUACAUUAGAAGGUCUUGACUUAGUUAAUGGCUACCACCUAGUACAUUAGAAGGUAUUGACUUAGUUAAUGGCUACCACCUAGUACAUUAGAAGGUCUUGACUUAGUUAAUGGCUACCACCCAGUACAUUAGAAGGUCUUGACUUAGUUAAUGGCUACCACCCAGUACAUUAGAAGGUCUUGACUUAGUUAAUGGCUACCACCCAGUACAUUAGAAGGUCUUGACUUAGUUAAUGGCUACCACCCAGUACAUUAGAAGGUCUUGACUUAGUUAAUGGCUACCACCUAGUACAUUAGAAGGUCUUGACUUAGUUAAUGGCUACCACCCAGUACAUUAGAAGGUCUUGACUUAGUUAAUGGCUACCACCCAGUACAUUAGAAGGUCUUGACUUAGUUAAUGGCUACCACCUAGUACAUUAGAAGGUAUUGACUUAGUUAAUGGCUACCACCCAGUACAUUAGAAGGUCUUGACUUAGUUAAUGGCUACCACCCAGUACAUUAGAAGGUCUUGACUUGUUAAUGGCUACCACCAGUACAUUAGAAGGUCUUGACUUAGUUAAUGGCUACCACCUAGUACAUUAGAAGGUCUUGACUUAGUUAAUGGCUACCACCCAGUACAUUAGAAGGUCUUGACUUAGUUAAUGGCUACCACCCAGUACAUUAGAAGGUCUUGACUUAGUUAAUGGCUACCACCUAGUACAUUAGAAGGUCUUGACUUAGUUAAUGGCUACCACCCAGUACAUUAGAAGGUCUUGACUUAGUUAAUGGCUACCACUCAGUACAUUAGAAGGUCUUGACUUAGUUAAUGGCUACCACCUAGUACAUUAGAAGGUCUUGACUUAGUUAAUGGCUACCACCCAGUACAUUAGAAGGUCUUGACUUAGUUAAUGGCUACCACCCAGUACAUUAGAAGGUCUUGACUUAGUUAAUGGCUACCACCUAGUACAUUAGAAGGUCUUGACUUAGUUAAUGGCUACCACCCAGUACAUUAGAAGGUCUUGACUUAGUUAAUGGCUACCACCCAGUACAUUAGAAGGUCUUGACUUAGUUAAUGGCUACCACCUAGUACAUUAGAAGGUCUUGACUUAGUUAAUGGCUACCACCCAGUACAUUAGAAGGUCUUGACUUAGGUUCAUGGCUACCACCUAGUACAUUAGAAGGUCUUGACUUAGUUAAUGGCUACCACCCAGUACAUUAGAAGGUCUUGACUUAGUUAAUGGCUACCACCUAGUACAUUAGAAGGUCUUUGACUUAGUUAAUGGCUACCACCCAGUACAUUAGAAGGUCUUGACUUAGUGUAAUGGCUACCACCUAGUACAUUAGAAGGUCUUGACUUAGUUAAUGGCUACCACCUAGUACGUUAGAAGGUCUUGACUUAGUAAUGGCUACCACCCAGUACAUUAGAAGGUCUUGACUUAGUUAAUGGCUACCACCCAGUACAUUAGAAGUUCUUGACUUAGUUAAUGGCUACCACCUAGUACAUUAGAAGGUCUUGACUUAGUUAAUGGCUACCACCCAGUACAUUAGAAGGUCAUGACUUAGUUAAUGGCUACCACCCAGUACAUUAGAAGGUCUUGACUUAGUUAAUGGCUACCACCUAGUACAUUAGAAGGUCUUGACUUAGUUAAUGGCUACCACCCAGUACAUUAGAAGGUCUUGAUCUUGGUUAAUGGCUACCACCCAGUACAUUAGAAGGUCUUGACUUAGUUAAUGGCUACCACCUAGUACGUUAGAAGGUCUUGACUUAGUUAAUGGCUACCACCCAGUACAUUAGAAGGUCUUGACUUAGUUAAUGGCUACCCACCCAGUACAUUAGAAGGUAUUGACUAGUUAAUGGCUACCACCUAGUACAUUAGAAGGUCUUGACUUAGUUAAUGGCUACCACCCAGUACAUUAGAAGGUCUUGACUUAGUUAAUGGCUACCACCUAGUACAUUAGAAGGUCUUGGACUUAGUUAAUGGCUACCACCUAGUACAUUAGAAGGUCUUGACUUAGUUAAUGGCUACCACCCAGUACAUUAGAAGGUCUUGACUUAGUUAAUGGCUACCACCUAGUACAUUAGAAGGUCUUGACUUAGUUAAUGGCUACCACCUAGUACGUUAGAAGGUCUUGACUUAGUUAAUGGCUACCACCUAGUACAUUAGAAGGUCUUGACUUAGUUAAUGGCUACCACCCAGUCACAUUAGAAGGUAUUGACUUAGUAAUGGCUACCACCUAGACAUUAGAAGGUCUUGAUUAGUUAAUGGCCACCACCUAGUACAUUAGAAGGUCUUGACUUAGUUAAUGGCUACCACCCAGUACAUUAGGAAGGUCUUGACUUAGUUAAUGGCCACCACCUAGUACAUUAGAAGGUCUUGACUUAGUUAAUGGCUACCACCCAGUACAUAGAAGGUCUUGACUAGUUAAUGGCUACCACCAGUACAUUAGAAGGUCUGACUUAGUUAAUGGCUACCACCAGUACAUUAGAAGGUCUUGACUUAGUUAAUGGCUACCACCAGUACAUUAGAAGGUCUUGACUUAGUUAAUGGCUACCACCUCAGUACAUUAGAAGGUUUUGACUUAGUUAAUGGCUACCACCCAGUACAUUAGAAGGUCUUGACUUAGUUUAAUGGCUACCACCCAGUACAUUAGAAGGUCUUGACUUAGUUAAUGGCUACCACCCAGUACAUUAGAAGGUCUUGGGACUUAGUUAAUGGCUACCACCUAGUACAUUAGAAGGUCUUGACUUAGUUAAUGGCUACCACCCAGUACAUUAGAAGGUCUUGACUUAGUUAAUGGCUACCACCUAGUACAUUAGAAGGUCUUGACUUAGUUAAUGGCUACCACCCAGUACAUUAGAAGGUCUUGACUUAGUUAAUGGCUACCACCUAGUACAAUUAGAAGGUCUUGACUUAGUUAGUGGCUACCACCCAGUACAUUAGAAGGUCUUGACUUAGUUAGUGGCUACCACCUAGUACAUUAUUUACCCCACUGACACCUGCUGCAACAUACAUGAGGUCAUAAUAUUAAUAAUAAUAUCAUCCUUCUCUCUCUCCCCUCCUCUCUCUCCUCCCCCCUCUCUCUCCCUCCCCCUCUCUCUCUCCCUCCCCCUCUCAUCCUCUUCCCUCCCCCCCUCUCUCUCCCUCCCCCCUCUCUCGCUCCUCCCCCUCUCUCCUUCUCCUCCUCUCUCUUCUCUCUCUCUCUUCCCCUCUCUCCCUCCCCUCUCCCUUCUCUCUCUCUCCCCCCAGGCCUGAUGGUGAGAAGAAGGCGUAUGUCCGUCUGGCUCCAGAUUACGAUGCGUUGGAUGUGGCCAACAAGGUGAGAUCUAGAGUAGAGCCGUAUUAUGACAGAAACAGCAGGAUCUGCAUCUCAAUAGUCUACAAGACUCCUCUCAUGAGAACGCGUCUCAAAUGGCCCUCCGUUCCUAAUACGGGGUUUACAGAACAUUAGGAACACCUGCUGUUUCCAUGACAGACUGACCAGGUGAAAGCUAUGAUCCCUUAUUGAUGUCACUUGUUAAAUCCACUUCAAUCAGUGUAGAUGAAAGGGAGGAGACGGGUUAAAGAAGGAUUUUAAAGCCUAGAGACAGUUGAGACAUGGAUUGUGUAGAUGUGCCAUUCAGAGGGUGAAUGGGCAAGACAAAAGAUUUAAGUGCCUUUUGAACGGGGUAUGGUAGUAGGAAAUGUUCCCUCUAAACUGCGCUCGGGCGUGCAGUAGCUGCCACAGAAAUAUCAGCCCACAGAGAGACGCACCAGUUUCUAGAGCAGUGUUCACCAACCAGUCGGUCUCGGAGGCAGUCCCGGUCGGUCUCGGAAGGCAGUCCCGGUCGGUCUCGGAGGCACUCGGGGUCGGUCUCGGAGGCAGUCCCGGUCGGUCUCGGAGGCACUCGGGGUCGGUCUCGGAGGCAGUCCCGGUCGGUCUCGGAGGCACUCGGGGUCGGUCUCGGAGGCAGUCCUGGUCGGUCUCGGAGGCAGUCCCGGUCGGUCUCGGAGGCAGUCCCGGUCGGUCUCGGGGUCAGUCCCGGUCGGUCUCGGAAGGCAGUCCCGGUCGGUCUCGGAAGGCAGUCCCGGUCGGUCUCGGAGGCAGUCCCGGUCGGUCUCGGAGGCAGUCCCGGUCGGUCUCGGAGGCAGUCCCGGUCGGUCUCGGAAGGCAGUCCCGGUCGGUCUCGGAAGGCAGUCCCGGUCGGUCUCGGAAGGCAGUCCCGGUCGGUCUCGGGGUCAGUCCCGGUCGGUCUCGGAGGCAGUCCCGGUCGGUCUCGGUCGGUAGGCAGUCCUGGUCGGUCUCCAAACAUUUCUGUAAAAACCCAAAGAUAAAGCCUUAUUCCUAUUGUUCUGUUAGUCUCGGCCUGGUGGUUCAGCGGCGCUGCGCCAAGUAACUCUGCCUUCCCAGCAGGCCCAGAGAGCAAAUCAAGUGCACUAUAGGCCCACCGCUGGCCAAUCGGAUGGCUCAGAUGACCGUGUCUGCAGUAACGUAGCAGGCGUAAAAGAAAGCUACAGCAAAGUUGAUACUGUGAGAUUUCAAAACGUUUAAAACCACGACUAGAGAGAGACUGUCAACGAAUACAGCAAAGAGCUGCUGUUUUUAUGAGUGAGUUCAUGUUUAAGUUCUUACUCAGCGCUGUCAACACUUUGUAUUCAACACUUUUAUAAGCCAUAAAAUGCGCAUUCUUCCUAUUUCCACUCAGCGCUACAACAAGUACUGCAGCAGUAAUUGUUUAAAUCUGUACAGACAGGACACUAGGCCAUUUAGAGGAGACUACUGGAGAGUAUUGAGAUGCACCCAUUUUGUUCACUGUCAGCCAAUAGCGUUGGAGACGUGUGGUGUCCAAUCGGACUGCAGGAGAGGCUCUGAGCAGAUGAUGAAUGAUUUUAAUUUCUGAUGAAUACUGACAGACUCAAAGGAACCACUGAUGCCAGAGACCACCUGCUUUGUGAUGCUUUAUAAAUGCACUAUGACGCCUUAUAACAGUCCUAUGAUGCCUGGCUAACACCUGUCAUGUCUUGUGUUCCAGAUUGGCAUCAUCUAGACGGCUGCUGGGGAGAUGUACAGAGGAAUAAAUGUUUAUAAAAACGCAACGCCCUCGUCUUGUCUGUUAUUGGUUGGUUCUCACUGACAGUCACACCCACACGCAGGGCUCCUCCUCAUCAAACAUGCUACCACUGGUUUGUUGCCCUAGGGCUGGCCUGCCCAUCCCUGUUCCUGGAGACAAGACAGCCCAAAACCUACAGGAGGGUAUCUCUCCAGGAACAGGGUUGGAGUUAAAACCUACAGGAGGGUAGCUCUCCAGGAACAGGGUUGGAGUUAAAACCUACAGGAGGGUAUCUCUCCAGGAACAGGGUUAGAGUUAAAAACCUACAGGAGGGUAUCUCUCCAGGAACAGGGUUGGAGUUAAAACCUACAGGAGGGUAUCUCUCCAGGAACAGGGUUGGAGUUAAAACCUACAGGAGGGUAUCUCUCCAGGAACAGGGUUGGAGUUAAAACCUACAGGAGGGUAUCUCUCCAGGAACAGGGUUAGAGUUAAAAACCUACAGGAGGGUAUCUCUCCAGGAACAGGGUUGGAGUUAAAACCUACAGGAGGGUAUCUCUACAGGAACAGGGUUAGAGUUAAAAACCUACAGGAGGGUAUCUCUCCAGGAACAGGGUUGGAGUUAAAACCUACAGGAGGGUAUCUCUACAGGAACAGGGUUAGAGAUAAAACCUACAGGAGGGUAUCUCUCCAGGAACCGGGUUGGGCAACCCUGGCCUAGAUGUUCCAGUGGAAAGAAAGGCAGGAUUGAUCUACUCAAGUAUUUAAAUAUCAUGUGACUCCACUAUAUCCGGGGGUUUUUUUUGCCCAAAAAAUCUAUAAACCUGUUUUUGCUUUGUCAUUAUGGGGUGUUGUGUGUAGAUUGAUGAGGGGGAAAAAACAAUUUAAUCAAUUUUAGAAUAAGGUAAUGUAGCUCAGUUGGAAGAGCAUGGCUCUUGCAACGCCAGGGUUGUGGGUUCGUUUCCCACGGGGGGCCAGUAUGAAAAAUGUAUGCACUCACUAACUGUAAGUCGCUCUGGAUAAGAGCGUCUGCUAAAUGACUAAAAAUUUAACUGUGGAUAAAGUCAAGGUCUGAAUACUUUCUGAAUGCACUGUAUAUAUAUAUAUUUUUUAGCACUGUAUAUGAAUGUUCAAUAUGCGCAACAGGCUGGAUAGUGAGGUGAUUUUCCGCAGUCUCGCAAUAAGCAUGGUGUUUGUUGAAUGAAAUGCUGACAUGUCUACAACAUGGUUUGAGAACAUACAGAUACAUAUGUUUAUAAAGCUACAAGCAGCGUGUGGGUGCAGCAUUUCAGACGGAGAAGGAAGGAUGUAGCAUUUCAGACGGAGAAGGAAGGAUGCAGCAUUUCAGAUGGAGAAGGAAGGAUGCAGUGGAUUGUCUCUAGUUCAAGGAAAUUGACUGAAAAAAAUCUCCUUGUCAGUCUGUGUAUUGGAAAUGUAAUAUUGCAAUGUACGGCCAGCGUAGUGAGUAGCAACCACCGAUUACAACUCCCAAAUAUUUUACACAGAAUUAUAGCUUUUAUUGCGGGACUUUGCUGUCACCUCCCCACACAAUCUUAAUGUGCGUAUUGAACAUUCAUACUGGACUGUAAAGUCCUGCAAUAAUAGCUAUGACGCUAAUCUCUGCGUAAACUCUAUGGGAUAGUUAUCUGUUGGUGGGCUGAGGAGGCUAAUGGCCCAUUUCAUGAGUGCGUACUCUGUAGUGAGCCUGUGCAGUCCAAUAUGAGUAUUCAAUAUGCACAAAAGGACGAAUAGUGAGGUUCAUGAAGACGAGUUACAAUUAAGUGUGCACUUGGGAAUUUCCCACCCGGACCCGAUAUGCAUAAAUACAUUUUUUAAAUAUAGAGAACCGUUCCGUAUGGACCUGGUCGGAUCCGAGUGAGGGAAACAGCCGAAAAGUCAUUUUUGAAGCUACUUUAUUAACGGGAGCUGAUAAAGCGAGAGGAUUGCUGCGCUUGCAGGUGAGGCAGGGAGUGACGAGACAGCAACCAACCAAGCAGACUCACGAUAUAGUAGACUAAUAGUGCAGUUGCCGUACCAGGCGGUGAUACAGCCCGACAGGAUGCUCUCAAUUGGGCAUCUGUAAAUGUUUGUGAGGGUUUUAGGUGUCAGGCCAAAUUUCUUCUUCCUCCUGAGGUUGAAGAGGUUCUGUUGCGCCUUCUUCACCACACUGUCUGCGUGGGUGGACCAUUUCAGUUUGUCGGUGAUGUGUACGCCAAGGAAUAUUGUGCAUAUUGAAUAUUCAUAUUGGACUGUAAAGUCCUGCAAUAAUAGCUAUGAUGCUAAUAUUUGUGUAAACUCUUUGGAAUUGUAAUCUGUGGAUGUGACUGAGUAGGCUGAUACCACAUUUCAUUGGUGCACACUUCAUAUGUCAGGCUAUACGUUGCAAUAUGUCCAAUACUAUUAUUCCAAUACACUGACUGGGACGACUCCUAUUGCAGGACUUUUACUGAGAGAAAUCACCUCCCCAGUCAGUCUAUUGGACAUUACAUUUACAUUUUAGUCAUUUAGCAGGACGCUCUUAUCCAGAGCGACUUAGUUAGUGAGUGCAUACAUUAUUUUUUGUAUUUUUCAUACUGGCCCCCCGUGGGAAUCAAACCCACAACCCUGGCGUUGCAAACGCCAUGCUCUACCAACUGAGCUACAUCCCUGCCGGCCAUUCCCUCCCCUACCCUGGACGACGCUGGGCCAAUUGUGCGCCGCCCCAUGGGUCUCCCGGUCGCGGCCGGCUACGACAAAGCCUGGAUUCAAACCAGGAUCUCUAGUGGCACAGCUAGCACUGCGAUGCAGUGCCUUAGACCACUGCGCCACUCGGGAGGUUACAUUGGUUAACUUUCUUUCCCUUUUGAAAAUGUGGAGCGAAUUGUUUUAAUCCCUAGUUUAAUCCCAUUUUAGAUGUAAUUUUAAGGCAGCAGAAUUAGAAAAAAAAUUCAGGGAGGUGUAGGACUUUCUAUAGGCACGGGAUAUGGUCAGAGGGGGUGUAGGACUUUCUAUAGGCACGGGAUAUGGUCAGAGGGGGUGGUGAAACAGGUGCUGAGAGUGCCAUCCGUUAAUCCAUCCAAUCACCGAUCCCGUAGAGGUUAAUCCAUCCAAUCACCGAUCCCGUAGAGGUUAAUCCAUCCAAUCACCGAUCCCGUAGAGGUUAAUCCAUCCAAUCACCGAUCCCAUAGAGGUUAAUCCAUCCAAUCACCGAUCCCGUAGAGGUUAAUCCAUCCAAUCACCGAUCCUGUAGAGGUUAAUCCAUCCAAUCACCGAUCCCGUAGAGGUUAAUCCAUCCAAUCACCGAUCCCGUAGAGGUUAAUCCAUCCAAUCACCGAUCCCGUAGAGGUUAAUCCAUCCAAUUAACAAUAUUAUAAGGCCUAUAGCCAUUCAUCAGUAAGACAUCCAUCUUUCACACUCAAACUUCAUAAACUACUUCUCUGCAAAUGUUGUUGAUCAGUACAAUAAAAUAAAUCCCAAAUGGAAACAGAUGUUCACCCCAAAACGAACUCAAUAUGCAUUCACCUGUAAUGUGAAUAAGCCUACAUCUUUAUGUACCCAGUUUAUCAAUAUAGUCUUUUACCAUUCAAAUAAAUGACCAUUAUGUUGUUAUAUUGGUACAAACUGUCUGAUUGAUUGUAUGAUUGAUUCUAGAGUAAUGAUAUUGAACUCAAGAUGCCCAACAGAGCAGUAGCUGCGUUUAUCAAUUAGGGUUGAAUGUUUUCCCGGUAUUUUAUAAUUUUCUCUCUCGAGUAUCUCCCGGUAUUCCCACCCAAACCGGAAGGGUCAUUCUAAAAGGAUACAGUGCCUUGCAAAAGUAUUCAUCCCCCUUUGCGUUUUUCCUAUUUUGUUGCAUUACAACCUGUAAUUUUAAUGGAUUUUUAUUUGGAUUUCAUGUAAUGGACAUACACAAAAUAGUCCAAAUUGGUGAAGUGAAAUGAAAAAAAUAACUUGUUUCAGAACAUUCUAAAAAAUAAAUAACGGAAAAGUGGUGCAUGCAUACGUAUUCACCCCCUUUGCUAUGAAGCCCCUAAAUAAGAUCUGGUGCAACCAAUUACCUUCAGAAGUCACAUAAUUAGUUAAAUAAAGUCCACCUGUGUGCAAUCUAAGUGUCACAUGAUCUGUCACAUGAUCUCAGUAUAUAUACAUCUGUUCUGAAAGGCCCGAGAGUCUGCAACACCACUAAGCAAGGGGCACCACCAAGAAAGCGGCACCAUGAAGACCAAGGAGCUCUCCAAACAGGUCAGGAACAAAGUUGUGGAGAAGUACAGAUCAGGGUUGGGUUAUAAAAAAUAUCUGAAACUUUAAACAUCCCACGGAGCACCAUAAAAUCCAUUAUUAAAAAAUGGAAAGAAUAUGGCACCACAACAAACCUGGCAAGGAGGGCAUUAAUCAGAGAGGCAACAAAGACACCAAAGAUAACCCUGAAGGAGCUGCAAAGCUUCACACGGAGAUUGGAGUAUCUGUCCAUAGGACCACUUUAAGCCGUACACUCCACAGAGCUGGGCUUUACGGAAGAGUGGGCAGAAAAAAGCCAUUGCUUAAAGAAAAUAAUAAGCAAACACAUUUGGUGUUCGCCAAAAGGCAUGUGGGAGACUCCCCAAACAUAUGGAAGACGGUACUCUGGUCAGAUGAGACUAAAAUUGAGCUUUUUGGCCAUAAAGGAAAACGCUAUGUCAGGCGCAAACCCAACACCUCUCAUCACCCCGAGAACACCAUUGAAGCAUGGUGGAGGCAGCAUCAUGCUGUGGGGAUGUUUUUCCAUCGGCAGGGACUGGGAAAUGAUGGAUGGCGCUAAAUACAGGGAAAUUCUUGAGGGAAACCUGCUUCAGUCUUCCAGAGAUUUGAGACUGGGACGGAGGUUCACCUUCCAGCAGGUAAAUGACCCUAAGCAUACUGCUAAAGCAACACUCAAGUUGUUUAAGGGGAAACAUUUAAAUGUCUUGGAAUGUCCUAGUUCAAGCCCAGACCUCAAUUGAGAAUCUGUGGAAUUACUUAAAGAUUGCUGUACACCAGCGGAACCCAUCCAACCUGAAGGAGCUGGAGCAGUUUUGCCUUGAAUCCCAGUGGCUAGAUGUGCCAAGCUUAUAGAGACAUACCCCAAGAGACUUGCAGCUGUAAUUGCUGCAAAAGGUGGCUCUACAAAGUAUUGACUUUGGGGGGGUGAAUAGUUAUGCACGCUCAAUAUUUUAUUUAUUUAUUAUUUCUUGUUUCACCAUAAAAAAUAUUUUGCAUCUUCAAAGUGGUAGCAUGUUGUGUAAAUCAAAUGAUACAACCCCCCCAAAAAAUAAAAAAAAUAAAAAUCAAUUUUAAUUCCAGGUUGUAAGGCAACAAAAUAGGAAAAAUGCCAAGUGGGGUGAAUACUUUUGCAAGCCACUGUAUAUGUCUGGAUGUAAUCUAUAAAUGUCUGGAUGUGAUUAGAGCUUUUGGUCGACAUGAUUGCGCCGUUAAUUAUCCAAUAAAAGCAAAUGAUAUUUAGGCUUCAUCACAUUACGCACGACAGACAAACAUAAAAGCCCAUAGAUGUAGCUAGCUAUAUAAAAGCCCAUAGAUGUAGCUAUCUAUAUAAAAGCCGAUAGAUGUAGUUAGCUAUAUAAAAGCCCAUAGAUGUAGCUAGCUAUAUAAAAGCCCAUAGAUGUGGCUAGCUAUAUAAAAGCCCAUAGAUGUAGUUAGCUAUAUAAAAGCCCAUAGAUGUAGCUAUCUAUAUAAAAGCCCAUAGAUGUAGUUAGCUAUAUAAAAGUCCAUAGAUGUAGCUGUCUAUAUAAAAGCCCAUAGAUGUAGCUAGCUAUAUAAAAGCCCAUAGAUGUAGCUAUCUAUAUAAAAGCCCAUAGAUGUGGCUAGCUAUAUAAAAGCCCAUAGAUGUAGUUAGCUAUAUAAAAGCCCAUAGAUGUAGCUAGCUAUAUAAAAGCCCAUAGAUGUAGCUAGCUAUAUAAAAGCCCAUAGAUGUAGCUAUCUAUAUAAAAGCCCAUAGAUGUAGCUAGCUAUAUAAAAGCCCAUAGAUGUAGCUAUCUAUAUAAAAGCCGAUAGAUGUAGUUAGCUAUAUAAAAGCCCAUAGAUGUAGCUAGCUAUAUAAAAGCCCAUAGAUGUAGCUAGCUAUAUAAAGCCCAUAGAUGUAGUUAGCUAUAUAAAAGCCCAUAGAUGUAGUUAGCUAUAUAAAGCCCAUAGAUGUAGUUAGCUAUAUAAAAGCCCAUAGAUGUAGCUAGCUAUAUAAAAGCCCAUAGAUGUAGUUAGCUAUAUAAAAGCCCAUAGAUGUAGCUAGCUAUAUAAAGCCCAUAGAUGUAGCUAGCUAUAUAAAAGCCCAUAGAUGUGGCUAGCUAUAUAAAAGCCCAUAGAUGUAGUUAGCUAUAUAAAAGCCCAUAGAUGUAGCUAUCUAUAUAAAAGCCCAUAGAUGUAGUUAGCUAUAUAAAAGUCCAUAGAUGUAGCUGUCUAUAUAAAAGCCCAUAGAUGUAGCUAGCUAUAUAAAAGCCCAUAGAUGUAGCUAUCUAUAUAAAAGCCCAUAGAUGUGGCUAGCUAUAUAAAAGCCCAUAGAUGUAGUUAGCUAUAUAAAAGCCCAUAGAUGUAGCUAUCUAUAUAAAAGCCCAUAGAUGUAGUUAUGCUGUCUAUAUAAAAGCCCAUAGAUGUAGCUAGCUAUAUAAAAGCCCAUAGAUGUAGCUAUCUAUAUAAAAGCCCAUAGAUGUAGCUAGCUAUAUAAAAGCCCAUAGAUGUAGCUAGCUAUAUAAAAGCCCAUAGAUGUAGCUAUCUAUAUAAAAGCCCAUAGAUGUAGUUAUGCUGUCUAUAUAAAAGCCCAUAGAUGUGGCUAGCUAUAUAAAAGCCCAUAGAUGUAGCUAGCUAUAUAAAAGCCCAUAGAUGUAGCUAUCUAUAUAAAAGCCGAUAGAUGUAGUUAGCUAUAUAAAAGCCCAUAGAUUUAGUUAUGCUGUCUAUAUAAAAGCCCAUAGAUGUAGUUAGCUAUAUAAAAGCCCAUAGAUGUAGCUAGCUAUAUAAAAGCCCAUAGAUGUAGUUAGCUAUAUAAAAGCCCAUAGAUGUAGUUAUGCUAUCUAUAUAAAAGCCCAUAGAUGUAGCUAUCUAUAUAAAAGCCCAUAGAUGUAGCUAUCUAUAUAAAAGCCCAUAGAUGUAGUUAGCUAUAUAAAAGCCCAUAGAUGUAGCUAGCUAUAUAAAAGCCCAUAGAUGUAGUUAUGCUGUCUAUAUAAAAGCCCAUAGAUGUAGCUAUCUAUAUAAAAGCCCAUAGAUGUAGUUAUGCUGUCUAUAUAAAAGCCCAUAGAUGUAGCUAUCUAUAUAAAAGCCCAUAGAUGUAGUUAGCUAUAUAAAAGCCCAUAGAUGUAGCUAGCUAUAUAAAGCCCAUAGAUGUAGUUAUGCUGUCUAUAUAAAAGCCCAUAGAUGUAGCUAGCUAUAUAAAAGCCCAUAGAUGUAGCUAGCUAUAUAAAAGCCCAUAGAUGUAGCUAGCUAUAUAAAAGCCCAUAGAUGUAGCUAUCUAUAUAAAAGCCCAUAGAUGUAGCUAGCUAUAUAAAAGCCCAUAGAUGUAGCUAGCUAUAUAAAAGCCCAUAGAUGUAGCUAUCUAUAUAAAAGCCCAUAGAUGUAGUUAUGCUGUCUAUAUAAAAGCCCAUAGAUGUGGCUAGCUAUAUAAAAGCCCAUAGAUGUAGCUAGCUAUAUAAAAGCCCAUAGAUGUAGCUAUCUAUAUAAAAGCCGAUAGAUGUAGUUAGCUAUAUAAAAGCCCAUAGAUUUAGUUAUGCUGUCUAUAUAAAAGCCCAUAGAUGUAGUUAGCUAUAUAAAAGCCCAUAGAUGUAGCUAGCUAUAUAAAAGCCCAUAGAUGUAGUUAGCUAUAUAAAAGCCCAUAGAUGUAGUUAUGCUAUCUAUAUAAAAGCCCAUAGAUGUAGCUAUCUAUAUAAAAGCCCAUAGAUGUAGCUAUCUAUAUAAAAGCCCAUAGAUGUAGUUAGCUAUAUAAAAGCCCAUAGAUGUAGCUAGCUAUAUAAAAGCCCAUAGAUGUAGUUAUGCUGUCUAUAUAAAAGCCCAUAGAUGUAGCUAUCUAUAUAAAAGCCCAUAGAUGUAGUUAUGCUGUCUAUAUAAAAGCCCAUAGAUGUAGCUAUCUAUAUAAAAGCCCAUAGAUGUAGUUAGCUAUAUAAAAGCCCAUAGAUGUAGCUAGCUAUAUAAAGCCCAUAGAUGUAGUUAUGCUGUCUAUAUAAAAGCCCAUAGAUGUAGCUAGCUAUAUAAAAGCCCAUAGAUGUAGCUAGCUAUAUAAAAGCCCAUAGAUGUAGCUAGCUAUAUAAAAGCCCAUAGAUGUAGCUAUCUAUAUAAAAGCCCAUAGAUGUAGCUAGCUAUAUAAAAGCCCAUAGAUGUAGCUAGCUAUAUAAAAGCCCAUAGAUGUAGCUAGCUAUAUAAAAGCCCAUAGAUGUAUCUAUCUAUAUAAAAGCCCAUAGAUGUAGCUAGCUAUAUAAAAGCCCAUAGAUGUAGCUAGCUAUAUAAAGCCCAUAGAUGUAGCUGACUAUAUAAAGCCCAUAGAUGUAGCUAGCUAUAUAAAGCCCAUAGAUGUAGCUAGCUAUAUAAAGCCCAUAGAUGUAGCUAGCUAUAUAAAGCCCAUAGAUGUAGCUAGCUAUAUAAAGCCCAUAGAUGUAGCUAGCUAUAUAAAGCCCAUAGAUGUAGCUAGCUAUAUAAAGCCCAUAGAUGUAGCUAGCUAUAUAAAAGCCCAUAGAUGUAGCUAGCUAUAUAAAGCCCAUAGAUGUAGCUAGCUAUAUAAAGCCCAUAGAUGUAGCUAGCUAUAUAACAGCCCAUAGAUGUAGCUGGCUAUAUAAAAGCCCAUAGAUGUAGCUAGCUAUAUAAAGCCCAUAGAUGUAGCUAGCUAUAUAAAAGCCCAUAGAUGUAGCUAUCUAUAUAAAAGCCCAUAGAUGUAACUAGCUAUAUAAAAGCCCAUAGAUGUAACUAGCUAUAUAAAAGCCCAUAGAUGUAGCUAGCUAUAUAAAGCCCAUAGAUGUAGCUAGCUAUAUAAAGCCCAUAGAUGUAGCUAGCUAUAUAACAGCCCAUAGAUGUAGCUAGCUAUAUAAAAGCCCAUAGAUGUAGCUAGCUAUAUAAAGCCCAUAGAUGUAGCUAGCUAUAUAAAAGCCCAUAGAUGUAGCUAUCUAUAUAAAAGCCCAUAGAUGUAACUAGCUAUAUAAAAGCCCAUAGAUGUAGCUAUCUAUAUAAAAGCCCAUAGAUGUAACUAGCUAUAUAAAUAAAUCCAUAGAUGUAACUAGCUAUAUAAAAGCCCAUAGAUGUAGCUUCAUGCUGUCUUGGGUAAAUUAAUGAAACAGGCUACUGUAGGCUAAUCUCUUUGAGUAUGGACUGUAUUACUGUACUAUACUGUGCUAUAUGGUCUGGAAUGAUGCACCUCGUUCAAACCAUGAAGCUGGGAGAGAACAUGCAAAGCUGGUGCAUGACAUGUGGCCUACAAAGUUACAAUUAUAGGCUAGUGAAUUUGAUUAAUUUUGAAAUAUAAUAGGGCCCAUUUUACAUGCGUAUCUUUAGUAGGCUGACAUACUUUUCCUAAAAUUAGCCUCUAUUGUUGCUUCAUUCCUUCCUCGCUUUCAACAGUUAAAUUAUAGUUUCAUUGUCCCCAUUUUCAUCCUUGUAAUAAAUAAUAUAGAUAAUAAUAUGAAUAAUAUAGAUAAUAAUAUGAAUAAUAUAGCACUAGAAUAAGAUGCAGACGGCUUUCACUUUACAUGAAUAAUUAAUUAUGGUUAUGGUCUAAAAUGUCUACCACCAUCACCAUCUCACCUUUCAAACUCCUCUGGAGUUCUAUUGGCUGCUGUAUUUAACAUUCAGCAAACAAGAGCUUGCAUCCCUCUUCAAAUAGUCUAUUAGUAUAAGAAAUUAUAUAUAUAUAUUUUAAAUUCCAGCAAGCUAUUAUAGUCUAACUUUUCCUGGGACUCCAAGAGCUAAGGAGCGUUUUUAAGGAAAGAGGCCAGCAGAGCGCAGAUGCAUAUUGCGCAAGAGAGAUGCUAUUAGUUAAAAGCUUAUGCAUAACCCAUCAUUCAUUAGCUAAAUACAAGGAUAAUACUGUAUAGAAUGUAUAACCUGGAAGAGGUAGGCUAGGACAUGAUCUAUACAUGCACACAUCAAUCUUGAACAGGAUUAUCUAUUUUGUAUGCAGAGAGUGCUCGCGUGAGCGCACAUUUUAAGCAACGAUAUUCGAGUGACAGGAUGUUUUAAAGCUCUGCAGCUGCAAUUUUUUUUUUUUAAUAAGGUGACCCCCAAAAGAUGUGUAAAGAUGCACAUUCAGUCCUUAUACUACUGUAGGAUAGGCUAUGCUGUUCCUGUAAAGAGUUACGAGAUGAUACAGGUGAACUGCACUCCAUAGAGCCCCACAGUGGAGGUGUCAUAAUACCCAUAAAACCUAGCGGUCAAACAGGGACAUGGUUCCAAUCCUUUUUCCACCAUUAAUCUUUACCAUAGGGGACUUUAGCAACACUUGAAUAAGGGCUGUGUUUGAUGUAGACUUACCCUGGCGUGACGUUUUGAUAACCGUGUCAAUCUCUCUCGGACAAGGUGACUUAUCAAAAUAAAAAAAACUGGAGGUUGUGGUGACUGGCCUUAAAUCAAACCGCCACGCAUUGCCCCGCUAGUAACUGGUCAAUGAGUCACUAGUUGUAGUUGGUCACAGAAGCAGUUCUAACCUUCUUCUCCGGGAAGCAGAAGGGCGGAGGUGUGUGUUUCAUGAUUAACGACUCAUGGUGUAAUUGUAGUAACAUACAGGAACUCAAGUCCUCCUGUUCACCCGACCUAGAAUAUCUCACAAUCAAAUGUCGACCAUAUUAUCUCCCAAGAGAAUUCUUUUUGGUUAUAGUCACGGCCGUGUACAGUGGGGGAAAAAAGUAUUUAGUCAGCCACCAAUUGUGCAAGUUCUCCCACUUAAAAAGAUGAGAGAGGCCUGUAAUUUUCAUCAUAGGUACACGUCAACUAUGACAGACAAAUUGAGAAAAAUUCCACCAUAAUUUGCAAAUAAAUUUAUAAAAAAUCCUACAAUGUGAUUUUCUGGAAUUUAUUUUCUCAUUAUGUCUGUCAUAGUUGACGUGUACCUAUGAUGAAAAUUACAGGCCUCUCUCAUAUUUUUAAGUGGGAGAACUUGCACAAUUGGUGGCUGACUAAAUACUUUUUUUCCCCACUGUAUAUUCCCCCUCAAGCCGAUACCACGACGGCCCUCAAAGAACUUCACUGGACCUUAUGCAGACUGGAAACCACAUAUCCUGAGGCCACAUUUAUUGUAGCCGGGGAUUUUAACAAAGCAAAUUUGAGGACUAGGCUGCCGAAGUUCUAUCAACAUAUCGACUGUACUCGCGCUGCUAAAGUCCUCGACCAUUGCUAUUCAAACUUCCGGGAUGGUUAUAAGGCCCUCCCACGCCCUCCUUUCGGCAAAUCUGACCACGACUCCAUUUUGCUCUCCUCCCUUUCUAUAGGCAGAAACUCAAAACAGGAAGUACCCGUGCUAAGGACUAUUCAACGCUGGUCUGACCAAUCGGAAUCCACGCUUCAAGAUUGUUUUGAUCACGCGGACUGGGAUAUGUUCCAGGUAGCUUCCAGAAAUAAUUUAGACGAAUACACUGACACGGUGACUGAGUUUAUCAGGAUGUGUAUAGGUGAUGUUGUGCCCACUGUGACUAUUAAAACCUACCCUAACCAGAAACCGUGGAUAGACGGCAGCAUUCGCACAAAUCUAAAAGCGAGAACCACCACAUUUAACCAUGGCAAGGUGACUGGGAAUAUGGCAGAAUACAAACGGUGUAGCUACUCACUCCGCAAGGCAAUUAAACUGGCAAAACAUCAGUAUAGAGACAAAGUGGAGUCGCAAUUCAAUGGCCCAGACACGAGACGUAUGUGGCAGGGUCUACAGACAAUCAUGGACUACAAAAGGAAAACCAGCCACGUCGCCGACACCGAUGUCUCGCUUCCAGACAAGCUAAACACCUUCUUCGCCGCUUUGAGGAUAACACAGUGCCACUGACGAGGCCCACUACCAAGGACUGUGGCCUCUCCUUCUCCGUGGCCGACGUGAUUAAGACAUUUAAGCAUGUUAACCCCCGCAAGGCUGCCGGCCCAGACGGCAUCCCUAGCCGCGUCCUCAGAGCAUGCGCAGACCAUCUGGCUGGUGUGUUCAUGGACAUAUUCAAUCUCUCCCUGUCCCAGUCUGCUGUCCCCACAUGCUUCAAGAUGGCCACCAUUGUUCCUGUACCCAAGAAAGCAAAGGUAACUGAACUAAAUGACUAUCGACCUGUAGCACUCACCUCUGUCAUCAUGAAGUGCUUUGAGAGAGUAGUCAAGGAUCAUAUCACCUCUACCUUACCUGCCACCCUAGACCCACUUCAAUUUGCUUACCGCCCCAAUAGAUCCACAGACGAUGCAAUCGCCAUCACACUGCACACUGCCCUAUCCCAUCUGGACAAGAGGAAUACCUAUGUAAGAAUGCUGUUCAUUGACUAUAGCUCAGCCUUCAACACCAUAGUACCCUCCAAGCUCAUCAUUAAGGUCGAGGCCCUGGGUCUGAACCCCGCCCAGUGCAACUGGGUCCUGGACUUCCUGACGGGCCGCCCCAAGGUGGUGAAGGUAGGAAACAACAUCUCCACUUCGCUGAUCCUCAACACUGGGGCCCCAUAAGGGUGCACUCAGCCCCCUCCUGUACUCCCUGUUCACCCAUGACUGCGUGGCCAAGCACGCCUCCAACUCAAUCAUCAGGUUUGCAGACGACGCAACAGUAGUAGGCUUGAUUACCAACAAUGACGAGACCGCCUACAGGGAGGAGGUGAGGGCUCUGGGAGUGUGGUGCAAGGAAAAUAACCUCUCACUCAAUGUCAACAAAACAAAGGAGAUGAUCGUGGACUUCAGGAAACAGCAGAGGGUGCACCCCCCUAUCCACAUCGACGGGACCGCAGUGGAGAAGGUGGAAAGCUUCAAGUUCCUUGGCGUACACAUAACUGACAAACUGAAAUGGUCCACCCACGCAGACAGUGUGGUGAAGAAGGCGCGAGAGAGCCUCUUCAACCUCAGGAGGCUGAAGAAAUUUGGCUUGGCAUCUAAAACCCUCACAAACAUUUACAGAUGCACAAUUGAGAGCAUCCUGUCGGGCUGUAUCGCCGCCUCGUACGGCAACUGCACCGCCCGCAACCGCAGGGCUCUCCAGAGGGUGGUGCGGUCUGCCGAACGCAUUGCCGGGGGCAAACUACCUGCCCUCCAAGACACAUACAGCACCCAAUGUCACAGGAAGGCCAAAAAGAUCAUCAAGGACAUCAACCACCCGAGCCACUGCCUGUUCACCCCGCUAUCAUCCAGAAGGCGAGGUCAGUACAGGUGCAUCAUAGCUGGGACCAAGAGAAUGAAAAACAGCUUCUAUCUCAAGGCCAUCAGACUGUUAAAUAGCCAUCACUAGCACAUUAGAGGCUGCUGCUGCCUAUUGAAAUCACUGGCCACUUUAAGAAAUGGAACACUAGUCACUUUAAUAAUGUUUACAUAUCUUGCAUUACUCAUCUCAUAUGUAUAUACUGCAUUCUAUUCUAUAAUAUUCUACUGUAUCUUAGUCCAUGCCGCUCUGUCAUUGCUUGUCCAUAUAUGUAUAUAUUCUUAAAUCCCAUUCCUUACUAGUUUUGAAAAACAGCUUCUAUCUCAAGGCCAGAUAGUUUUGUGUGUAUUGGGUAUAUGUUGUGAAAUUGUUAGAUAUUACUUGUUAGAUAUUACUGCACUGUCGGAGCUAGAAGCACAAGCAUUUCGCUACACCCGCAAUAACAUCUGCUAAACACGUGUAUGUGACAAAUACAAUUUGAUUUGAUUUGAAGUGAAUCGCCAUUAGCUGGGUUUAUAUACUAUAUGGCUACAGUAGCUCAUCACUCUCAAACACAACUAAUUACAUUACUACAUAUAACUUACCCAUGGAAGAUGAUGGAUUCAUUUUAAAUGGUCUUGCCUGGCAUGGAUCCAAGUUGUCCUUCAGAAAUGUCCGGAAAUAUUUUCACCAGAGACAGCCACUAGUGGCAGCCAAUCACGAGGGAGGCUGCUAUUCAGCGCGGGACUAUGUCCCCCCAAACUAUAAAAACACGGAUACACACACACACACUGAUACACAGACACUGACACACACACACACACACACACAGAUGGGUAAGGGAAUUGCUGUUACAAGAAAAUGUUCAGAGUAUGUAGCAUCUAGCAUUCUGAAUCAGGUAUAUUAUAUAUAUAUAUAAGUAUAUUCAGGGCAUCUAAGACAACGCAAGCCAAGGACAAAUCACCUUAAAUCUACAGUUUAUAUAGAGCCAUAGCUGAAUGGAACUGUUAUGUGGGCAGCUUGUCUCUCCCUUUUCUGUUUCCCUUCCUCCUUGUUUUGUCCCCUCUUUGUCUGUUGUAUCUGUAUGUGUGUUUGUCCCCAUUAUGUGUGUGUGUCUGGAGUGGAUCGGGGGGCGUGCUCAGGAUCUGCCUCUCCUGUGCAGCUGCGGGUUGUUUCCAGUGAUUCCUGCCUACGCAGCUGCAUCCUAUUCUCUCAUCAACCUGCACUACUAAUUCCUGGGCAUGGCUCUCCACCGGCGCCAGAUCGUUGUUCUUACUAGAGCGGUAACUUGGCUCACCAGUAGAGUUAAAUUGUCUUUGUCUUCAGCCUGGCUCUUUACUCACCUUAACCUGUCAUUUGUUUUGUCUUCAGUUCAGACAUACCUCCCAACCUGCCUGCCUGCCUGCCUGCCUGCCUCAGCCUCUCCUUCCUCCGGAGCCGACUAGCCCACUCUGUUCCUUUUCCUUAGUUGUUUUUGGACUAAGACAAAUUGAACUUUUAUUAAAAUAAUUUUUGUUUCUUCCACUCCCUUAGUCGUGUUUUGUUUCUCUGAGUGCUGGGUUUAACCAUAGCUUAACAGAACGAUCUGGCCAUGGACCCAACAGAGAAACAGCACGGGGCAAACAAAGACAGCUUCCAACAAGCUAUCCAGGCUCAAGGAACGUUGCUAGGACAGCAUGACCAAUUGAUUCGGACUCUUUUGGAAAAUAAUCAUCAACUGCUGAACCAGGUGACUCAGUUAACAACACAAGUCUCUAAAUUGUCUGUUAUCAGUUCUCCAUCUCUCUCUGACCCCCAGUUUGAUGCACCCCAAGUUGUUUCCUCUGACAUUAUGCAGGCUUCGUUCCGUCGGGAACCCCCUGUCACGUCGUCUGAACCGUUCAAUGGAGAAUUGGACAAGUGCCGGGGAUUUUUGCUUCAGUGUGACUUGAUUUUUCGGCAGAGACCACUGUCGUUUUCUACUGAUUCCUCUAAGGUACAUUAUGUUCUGGGGCUGUUAAGAGGGAGAGCUCUGGUUUGGGCUGAGGCUGUGUGCUCAAAUCAAACUUUGACUGGAUUGACUUUUGCUGAUUUUUCUGCUAAAUUGAAGACUGUUUUUGACCAUCCUGACCAUGUGGGUAAAUCCUCCAAGAGACUUUCUAAUUUGAGGCAGGGUUCUAACAGUGUGGCUGAGUACUCUAUUGAGUUCUGGACUUUGGCAGCGGACUCCAAGUGGAACAAUGUGGCACUUCAAGGAGCAUUUCUAAACGGUUUGAAUGAAGCCAUUAAGGAUGAACUGGCUGCUCGUGACGAGCCACAUGAUUUACAUUCUCUCGUUUCCCUGUCCAUUAAGCUAGACAACCGGUUGCGGGAGAGGCGUCGGGAGAGAGGCGGUCGGCCACAUCUAGGAGGACGAGUUCCCCAGCCUUCAACCACUCGAGUCUCGCCUCCCCGGAGCCGGCAGCUUCUUGUUCCUGAUCCCAUCCCGAGCACAGAGGAGGAACCAAUGCAAGUGGGUCGAGCUCAACUACCUCCAGCAGAGCGGCAACGGCGCCUCCAGGCGGGUGAGUGCCUGUACUGUGGAGACGCCACACACAUUCUGGCUACAUGCCCUAAGCGACCAAAAGACAAGGCUCGCUCGUAACGGUGGGUCUACUUGCGAGCCCAGAGUUAGAUCCUGAACCCAUCAUUCCCCAAUUACAAGUACCUGUAACCUUACGUUUCCAGAGUCAUUCCCUGCCACUCUCAGCUCUCAUAGACUCAGGUGCAGAAGACAACUUUAUUAGCCACCAGUUCGUUACACAAGCUCGUAUCCCCAUGGAGCCACUACCUACCCCCAUUCGGGUCACAGCCCUUGAUGGGCGCCUCCUCGCGGAGAUAACUCAUCAAACCACCCCCGUUUCCCUAGUGAUUUCUGGCAAUCAUUGUGAAAGCAUUCAGUUAAGAGUUAUGUCUGGCUCAGCUACCCCCCUAAUCCUUGGCUUCCCCUGGUUGGCUCUUCACAACCCACAAAUUGAUUGGACACGUCACACCAUUCUCAGUUGGAGCACUAACUGCCAUUCGGAGUGCCUUAGAUCAGCGGUUCCCCCCACUAAGUGUAACCCAACUCAUCCCUCAGCUCCUCUCGAUCUGUCAUCUGUCCCCAAAGAAUACCAUGACUUAGCGGAGGUUUUCAGUAAGGACAAGGCUCUGUCUCUACCACCACAUAGGCCUUAUGAUUGCCCUAUUGAACUGCUUCCUGGUGCUCCCUUGCCCUCUAGUCGCUUAUACAAUCUGUCCCGACCGGAAAGAGAGGCAAUGGAGCAGUAUAUUGGUGAUUCUCUGGCCUCGGGCAUAAUCCGUCCCUCGUCGUCUCCUUUGGGUGCAGGUUUCUUUUUCGUUGAAAAGAAAGACAAGUCGUUACGCCCCUGUAUCGAUUUCAGGGGUUUAAACAACAUAACUGUUAAAAACAAGUAUCCCCUUCCACUCAUCAACUCAGCUUUUGAACCUCUGCAUGGCGCCACAGUUUUCUCCAAGCUCGACCUCAGGAACGCUUAUCACCUUGUCAGAAUCCGAAAGGGAGAUGAGUGGAAAACCGCUUUCAACACUCCACUGGGGCAUUUUGAGUAUUUGGUCAUGCCCUUUGGGCUCUCAAACGCCCCUGCUGUAUUCCAAGCCAUGGUGAACGAUGUUCUUAGGGAUUUUUUGAACCGUUUUGUCUUUGUAUACCUGGAUGAUAUUCUUGUUUUUUCCAAGUCACCCGAGGAGCAUGAGUCACACGUCCGUCAAGUCCUUCAACGGCUCUUGGUGUACGUCAAAGCAGAAAAGUGUGAGUUCCACAAACAGUCUACAUCGUUCCUUGGUUUCAUCAUUGAGAGCGGGCAGGUGAAGGCGGACCCCGAGAAGAUCCGGGCAGUGACGGAAUGGCCCACACCCACCACCCGUAAGCAACUUCAACGAUUUUUGGGCUUUGCUAACUAAUGUUUACCCGGACAAUCUGCACUGACCCUAUCUUGCACUGACCCUACGCACACUCACUGGACUAUACAGUGCAUUCGGAAAGUAUUUUAUUUUAUUUUAUUUUAUUUCACCUUUAUUUAACCAGGUAAGCCAGUUGAGAACAAGUUCUCAUUUACAACUGCGACCUGGCCAAGAUAAAGCAAAGCAGUGCGAUAAAAACAACAACACAGAGUUACAUAUGGGGUAAACAAAACAUAAAGUCAAAAAUACAACAGAAAAUAUAUAUACAUUGUGUGCAAAUGUAGCAAGUUAUGGCGGUAAGGCAAUAAAUAGGCCAUAGUGCAAAAUAAUUACAAUUUAGUAUUAACACUGGAGUGAUAGAUGUGCAGAAGAUGAUGUGCAAAUAGAGAUACUGGGGUGCAAAUGAGCAAAAAAAAAAAAAAAAAAAAAAAAAAAAUAUUGUAAAGUGGUUAUGCCACUGGCUAUAAGGUGAAUGCACCAAUUUGUAAGUCGCUCUGGAUAAGAGUGUCUGCUAAAUGACGUAAAUGUAAAUGUAAAUAUGGGGAUGAGGUAGUUGGGUGGGCUAAUUACAGAUGGGCUGUGUACAGGUGCAGUGAUCGGUAAGGUGCUCUGACAACUGAUGCUUAAAGUUAGUGAGGGAGAUAAGAGUCUCCAGCUUCAGAGAUUUUUGCAAUUCGUUCCAGUCAUUGGCAGCAGAGAACUGGAAGGAACGGCGGCCAAAGGAGGUGUUGGCUUUGGGAAUGACCAGUGAGAUAUACCUGCUGGAGCGCAGACUACGGGUGGGUGCUGCUAUGGUGACCAAUGAGCUAAGAUAAGGCGGGGAUUUGCCUAGCAGUGAUUUAUAGAUGACCUGGAGCCAGUGGGUUUGGCGACAAAUAUGUAGUGAGGGCCAGCCAACAAGAGCGUAUAGGUCACAGUGGUGGGUAGUAUAUGGGGCUUUGGAGACAAAACGGAUGGCACUGUGAUAGACUACAUCCAAUUUGCUGAGUAGAGUGUUGGAGGCUAUUUUGUAAAUGACAUCGCCGAAGUCAAGGAUCGGUAGGAUAGUCCGUUUUACGAGGGCAUGUUUGGCAGCAUGAGUGAAGGAGGCUUUGUUGCAAAAUAGGAAGCCGAUUCUAGAUCUAACUUUUGAUUGGAGAUGCUUAAUGUGAGUCUGGAAGGAGAGUUUACGGUCUAACCAGACACCUAGGUAUUUGUAGUUGUCCACAUACUCUAGGUCAGACCCGCCGAGAGUAGUGAUUCUAGUCGGGUGGGCGGGUGCCAGCAGCGUUCGAUUGAAAAGCAUGCAUUUAGUUUUACUAGUGUUUAAGAGCAGUUGGAGGCUACUGAAGGAGUGUGUAUGGCAUUGAAGCUCGUUUGGAGGUUUGUUAACACAGUGUCCAAUGAAGGGCCAGAUUCAAAUUCAUCUGCCAACUACAUUACAUUAACAGCUGAACAACAGAAUAUUCAUUUUUAUCACGUUGGUAAAUUGUCUUUACUGUGUUUUCUCUGUAUUUAUAAAAAAAAUGCAAGCGUUUAUAAGGACAGUUGGAGAAUCUCCUUUGAGAGGGCGGGGCUGGGGAGCGAGGAGGGGGCGGGUGUAACGCUGCCAGCUCCCAGUCUGAUUGGACAAGUGACAUGUGGGCGGGUGUAGGGGGUGACGUGUCCUACAGAAGGGAUUAUCUUGUUUAUGUCGCCAUGUCUGCUGCUGACGACGACAACAUGGUGGAAGACUUUAGGAAGGACUAG